CGCGGCCUCUGAGGCGAAGUUGGGGGCGGAGCUGUCACUGCCGGUCCCAUUUAAUUUAAUUUAAUGCCCUGUAGGGACGUUUGACUUGUAUUUACAUAAGCCCCUGUCUGCGUUGUUGUCUGCCUGCCUGCUUACCUAGUGUUGCAGUUUUUCUCAACACACGCACAAUCUUGAGCACCUGUUUCAUUGGCUUUGAUACGGACGUGGGGUUGAUAGGCCCGGUGACCCCGUUCAUUGUAGUUCCCGGUGCUCAGCCUGCAUCUACCAGGUGUUUACGGAAGUCCUUUACUCCACGCUCCCGACUGGGGACCUGGGGACAUGCGCUUGCUACAUCUUUAAGUCAUGGGGCGUACCUGGCCUGGUUCAAGGGUCAUCUGUGUGUUCUUUCAAGACUAAGGAAAUGAGAGUAGAGGUCCUGUCUCUGAAAAUUGCAGCUGGCUCUCUCUGAGGGCCUGGUGCAUAAUGGGGACACAGGAACAUAAAUUUUUUUUUUUCAAUAAUGCUUGUAAAUUCUUUGAGAGGAGAGAUUUGUCUGAGGUUGCUGGGAGUCGUAUCUGAGUUGGAAACUAGGAUUUAUUCUAAUGACUGUCUCUGGGAAGUGUCUUACACAGUGGAAAUUUCUGUUUUUAAAGCUUGUACAAUCUAACUUUUUUUUUUUUUCUUUUUCUGUAGGUCAGCAGGUAUUUUUGGGAAGUGGUACACGAGAGAUGGUUGGAAAUCAAAUGGACAUCCACAGGAGAGUUUAGGUUCUUCAGCAACGUUCUCUUUAAUAACUUGCUGUUAAAAUGUCUGCUCUUAAUAGAAAUAGCAGUGACAUCCUUGGUGUCCCUGCUUCCCAAAAGAGCUCUUCGUUGAGCGCCCUCGCCCACGGUGGCAGAUUUAAGCUGCCUCUGAAGUCACAACCGUUACAGUGUGGAAAUGGUGACCCGUUAUUGAGAUCUGCAAGUAAAACCAAAGACACAAAUAGCUCUUAUGUUAUUUCUGCCUGUAAAAAAACAGGAGAUGCUCCUCUGACCCCCAAUCCUGUGGGUAGACUGACACUUCAGAGAAGAGCUACAAGGAGCAAGGAAUCAUCUUUGCUUGGUAGUGAGCUGGGAUACACCGCUGAACAAACGGGAGAGAGACGUCUUACGUUACAACGUCGUGCUAAAGCAGAUUCUGUGGAAAAGUGGAAAAGAACUCAGAGUGUGAGACGGGAAGCAGAAAAUGACUGUGCUCCUGAAAGCACUAGUACCAGCGUAAAGAUGGCAAAUAAUGAUCCGAACGCAUUUGUCGUAUCUUCUGUUCCUUCAGCCAAAGACCUAAAAGACACUGCAGUGACGGCUGACGAGAAGUGCAAGGAACCAUUUUCUGCUCCCAGCGGGGCAAGUGAUGGUUCUUCACAUAAGCACUUAGGCAGUGGAGCCCCUGCAGGCCCCCGGGGUCAGACUGAAGUUGGUAGGUUAGGGCACCUGGCAGCGAAGCCUGUUCAGAGCAAGUCGGAUAGCAAAGUGUCAGGAACAGAAAACCUGUAUCAUGGGAGUAUUGGCAAGGAUGUUGCAAAAAAUCCAAAUCAGUUUGGAAGCUUAGACAGGAAGACACCCACUAAAUCUUCAGCAGAACAUAACAGGACAGCGAAGUGCAGCACGCCCAAGAGCCCGGCUGCAUCGAUACUCAAGAACAGGACACAGAGCCUUCACCUUAAACAAAGGCCAAAAAGUUCUCUUCCUGCGAACAGGAGGGACCGAGUGCAAGAAGAUACACUGCCUCCCGAAGAAGAGCGUGCGAUUCUGAACGCCUCUGUGGAAGCCGACACCUUCAAAGUGGAGAAUAGUCAAGUGACAGUGGCAGUACGUGUAAGGCCCUUCAGCAAGAGAGAAAAGAUUGAAAAAGCAUCCCAGGUGGUCUUCAUGAAUGGGGAUGAAAUAGUCGUGGAAUAUCCCGACAUGAAGCAAACUUACACAUUUACUUAUGCUGUGUCAUUCUGGUCUUUUGAUGAAUGCCAUCCUUGCUAUGCUAGCCAGACAGCUGUCUAUGAGACACUAGCAGCACCGCUCCUGGAAAGAGCCUUUGAAGGCUAUAAUACCUGUCUCUUUGCCUAUGGGCAGACUGGCUCUGGAAAGUCAUAUACGAUGAUGGGAUUUAGUGAAGAACCAGGAAUAAUUCCAAGAUUUUGUGAAGAUCUUUUUGCUCAAGUAGCCAAAAAACAAACCCAAGAGGUCAGCUAUCACCUUGAAAUGAGCUUCUUUGAAGUAUAUAAUGAAAAAAUUCAUGACCUUUUGGUUUGUAAAGGUGAAAAUGGGCAGAGAAAGCAGCCGCUGAGAGUAAGGGAGCAUCCUGUUUCUGGACCAUAUGUUGAAGCACUGUCGAUGAAUGUUGUCAGAUCUUACUCUGAUAUCCAGAGUUGGCUAGAAUUGGGAAACAAACAAAGAGCAACUGCUGCUACGGGUAUGAAUGAUAAAAGCUCUCGAUCUCAUUCAGUUUUUACCCUGGUGAUGACCCAGACCAAGACAGAGUUUGUAGAAGGGGAGGAGCACGAACACAGAAUAACAAGCCGUAUAAACCUGAUCGAUCUGGCAGGCAGCGAGCGCUCUUCUGCAGCUCACACCAGCGGGGAGCGGCUGAAGGAAGGUGUGAGUAUUAACAAGUCCUUGCUAACUUUGGGAAAGGUCAUAUCUGCACUGUCUGAACAAGCAAAUCGAAAGAAGGUCUUUAUUCCUUAUCGUGAAUCUGUACUUACAUGGCUGUUAAAAGAAAGUCUGGGUGGAAAUUCAAAAACUGCAAUGAUUGCUACGAUCAGCCCUGCUGCCAGCAACAUAGAGGAAACAUUGAGCACACUGAGAUAUGCCAGCCAGGCCCGUUUAAUCGUCAACAUUGCCAAAAUAAACGAAGACAUGAAUGCUAAGUUAAUUAGAGAAUUGAAAGCAGAAAUUGAAAAGCUAAAAGCCGCUCAGAGAAAUAGUCGGAACAUUGACCCUGAAAGAUACAGGUUCUGUCGGCAAGAAAUAACAUCCCUGAGAAUGAAACUGCAUCAGCAGGAGAGAGACAUGGCUGAAAUGCAAAGAGCAUGGAAAGAGAAGUUUGAACAAGCUGAAAAGAGAAAACAUCAAGAGACAAAGGAGUUACAGAAAGCAGGAAUUACAUUUCAAAUGGACAACCAUUUGCCAAACCUUGUUAAUCUCAAUGAAGAUCCACAACUAUCAGAGAUGCUGCUAUAUAUGAUAAAAGAAGGAACAACUACAGUUGGAAAGUAUAAAUCAAACUCAAGCCAUGACAUUCAGCUAUCUGGGGUUCUGAUUGCUGAUGAUCAUUGUACUAUCAAAAAUUUUGGUGGGACCGUGAGUAUUAUCCCAGUUGGGGAAGCAAAGACAUACAUAAAUGGAAAACAUAUUUUGGAACCCACAGUGUUACAUCAUGGUGAUCGGGUAAUUCUUGGUGGAGAUCAUUAUUUUAGAUUUAAUCAUCCAGUAGAGGUCCAGAAAGAGAAAAGACCACCUGGCAGAGAUACUCUAACAAGUGAGGGUCCAAAAGACUUUGAAUUUGCGAAAAAUGAGUUGCUUAUGGCACAGCGAUCACAACUUGAAGCUGAAAUAAAAGAGGCACAGUUGAAAGCAAAGGAAGAAAUGAUGCAAGGAAUCCAGAUCGCAAAGGAAAUGGCUCAGCAGGAGCUCUCUGCUCAGAAAGCUGCAUAUGAGAGCAAGAUACUAGCACUGGAAGCAGAACUGAAGGAAGAGUCUCAGAGGAAGAAACUGCAGGAGUUACACACCCAGGAGGCUAACGACAGGAUUAUGGAGCUAGAAAAGACAAAGCAGCGUCUGGAGCAGGAAGUCCACGUCCGGUCCCGGCGCCUGGAAAUGGAGGCUCUGGCUGCAAAGCAGGCUUUAGAAGACCACAGCAUCCGCCACACCAGGAUCCUGGAAGCUUUAGAGGCUGAAAAGCAAAAAAUUGCUAAAGAAGUGCAAAUUCUACAGCAGAAUCGGAGUAAUAGGGACAAAACAUUUACAAUUCAGCCAAAUUGGAACUCCAUGAAACUCUCCAUGAUGAUUCAGGAAGCCAAUGCUAUCAGCAGCAAAUUUAGAAAAUGUUAUGUAUUUGGCAGACAUGAUGUAUCAGAGAAAGGUCGUUCAGAUACGUCUGUUCGGGUUCAAAACUUGCAACUAGGGAUCUCAACUUUCUGGAGUCUAGAUAAGUUUGAGUCUAAACUUGCAGCAAUGAAAGAACUUUAUGAGAGUAAUGGUGAUAACAAGGAUGAAGAUAUCUUUUGUGAUCCUGAAGAUGAAUGGGAGCCUGACAUUACAGAUGCACCGGUUUCUUCAUUGUCUCGAAGGAGGAGCAGGAGUUUGAUGAAAAAUAGAAGAAUUUCUGGUUGUUUACAUGACAUGCAAGUCCAUCCAGCUCGGAAUCUACAUUCUCCACAUUCUUCAGGCUUAAUGGAAAAAUCCUGCACCGUUUACUCAAAGUCAGCAGAAUCGUUUCUCCCUGGAAUUUGCAAAGAGCUGAUUGGUUCAUCGUUAGAUUCUCUUGGGCAGAGUUAUGAUGAAGAGAAAACUCUGGCAGAUAGCCUGAUGGAUAACUUUCUUAAAAUUUAUAAUGGGCUGUUUUCCAUUUCCAAAGCUCAUGAAGAACAAGAUGAAGAAAGUCAAGAUAACUUGUUUUCUGAUAGAGCAGCCCAGUCGCACUCCCUCCAGAUUGCGUGUGCUUUUGAGCAGCUUGUGGUGCUAAUCAAGCACUGGGUGAGUGAUUUUCUGCCUGGCGCCAGAACAGCAAGACUUGAAGAUGAAUUGAGACAAGAAGUUAAAAAGCUGGGAGGCUACUUACAGCUGUUUUUACAGGGAUGCUGUUUGGAUAUUUCAUCAAUGGUAAAAGAGACUCAAGAGAAAGUGAUCCAGAUUGUCCAUCAGGCUAUAAAGUAUGUGGGCCAGUUAACAGUUCUGAAAGGGAGCAAGCUGUACUUUCUGGAAAACAGUGAUGACAAGGCUGCCAGUGUCCAGGAGGAGUUUGUGGAUGCUGUUUGUGCUGGUGUAGGCUUAGGAAUGAAGGUUCUAUUAGAUUCUGGAUGGGAAAAAGCGAAAGAACUUCAGCAUGAACUCUUAAGGCAGUGCUCACCAAUUGAGGCUACCAAACAGAUGAAAGUGAAUGCCAUUGAGUUGAUUAGAUCUCUUGAAGACAUCUUUGCUGAAUGGAAAAAAAAAAGUUUUGGUACUCAAGUACAAGAGAAAGAUUCUGGACACCAAGAUUCCAAGGAGACGAUUAAUCUUGCCCCGGAAGUCUUAAAAUUAAUACAUUGCGUAGAGAAAACAGUUCAAAUUAUUACAUCUGCACUGAAAGGAUGCCAUGAUGAUCUGAAUCUUCUCAAGAGCUGUGUUGGGAGUAUUUGCAGGUUGGCCAGGGAGGUUCACGAGGGCUUCAGUGUGCGCUCUUCCUCUGUGGACUGCUGUGGGAGCAGAGUACCACCUGGUGGCCUCAGGGAACUGGAAUCUCGAGCUGAGUCGCUCCUCCUGUGUUUAGGAUCUGAAGAAGGAGCCAAUGUAUUGAACCCCUGGGAGAGUUGUGAUCAGAACACUAGAGAAGAACGACAGCCACUACAGUCUAAACCCAGCAGGGCUGACUGUGGCACGAGUAGAGGGGUGCCAAAACGUGUGUAUGAACUCCACGCCUUGGCCCCCACAGUGGGCUCAGAGGAGUGCCUGCCCCGCAGGAUUCAGUGGGUGUGAAUACCAGUGUAUAGGCACUUUGUGACUGUCUGGGAAAGAGCAGGCACACUUGGCAUGCAGGAUAACUGGAAACGAAAUCAGGUACGUGGUGCAGAGGAGUGAGUGUCUGCAUGGCCUCGCAGCGGGUGUGAACAAUGUAACCCUCAUGGAGUCCUGGUUCCAAAGUGCUGGAGUGGGAAACCUCAGCAGACAUGUUUCAGUGGGAUGUUUACCAUGCUGGAACACCAGGGAAAGGGAAUUCAGGACCAAGCCUGUUUCUCAUCGAGCUACCGCGUACAGCUGGUUCCUUAUUCUGGGUGCAGGUAUUUUCUCGUGAAUGGGAACCCGAACAGUUACAUUUGUGCCUGUACUUUCUCUCCUGUGCAAAGCAGAAUGAGGUUGGUGGUGAAGUGGCCAGUCCAGGUGAACCAAGGCAGCCUGAAAUCAAAGUCUUCUCAGAGGCUUGUCCUUGUGCGUAGUGUUUGAGAGGAUGCUUUCCUAUGUUUUCCCAAUUGUAAGGAGCUACCUAAGGAGAGUGGAGUUAUGUAUUAUUAAUAGGGCUUGCUGGUGUAGUAGUUUACGAUGUUAUCUGUGUUUCCAAAUGAGGACUCUAUGAGUACAGUUUAAAACUAAUUGAAAUGUGGCCAGAGGCAGCGCUCAGCUGUUGGGGUGUGCGAGAUCAGAGGCUGGACCUUCUCUUGAUCUUGCUUGUUUGCCAAGGUGUGAUGAAAGUCUGUGUAUGAUUUGACGACGAUUCGUGAUCCUUGUUUUAUUUGCCAGCUUUCAAAAACAAUGAUCAAGUAAUAAAGAUAUUAUUCUACUUGUGGGAUCUUACAUUAAGGAAUAGCUAGACAUUCGUGUAACCUGAAGGGUCCUUAGUAACUCUGGGUGAUUCGGAGCAGUUCUUAGAGAUAAUUCUUUCCAGAAAGCGGAUCCUUUUCAUUUGCCCUCUGCACUUGUAGGCACCCCUUGUACUUUCUGCAGAACAGGCUGAGAUUGUUAGUACCACGAAUACAUCUGACGACUUCCUUGUAGGGAGAGAUUAAAUAGAUACUGAUGGUCGUAAUCAGAGCAAUACUAGUGAACCAUGUGUUACGUUCCCAGGUGUUUUUUUUUUUUUUUCGUUCCCAGGUGUUUUUAAAUGGUGCAAUGUAACAAAUGGGUUUCUGUUGUCUUUUAGUUUUGGCACUCAGCUUAUAGUCUUUCUACAAUUCUGUGUGUAUUUUUAUCAGUCAAUGCUCUGCCAAGUAGCACUUUUACCACCAAUUAUAAGGAAGGGAACUGUAUGGAUGAGGCUUUUUCCUGAAGAUUGGCUUAAAGCAUUGCUGUGGCAGUGUUAGAUCUUCGGUUUCUGUUUUCUGAACUCAUGAUUUCAUUGUCAGGAACUUUCUACUGUCUUUGCAAAUGCAGUGUGUAUGUGUGUAUAUAUAUAUUUAUACUAAAUAAUUUGUUAUACUAUUGAAUGAAUGGUGGAAAAUAUAUUUGUAUAAGAAUCAUGUUACAAAGAGAAUGCCUUUAUUAAAUCUU